GCGGCUCCCGCGGCGGCAGCGGCGGCCGGGGGCGGGAGGAAGGAGACCCUGGCUUCCCCGGGGGCCCGGCUGGGGCAGACGCGAGGGGCCUGGGGGGAAGCUGGCUUUGGCCCCGCCUGGGGCAGGAUGGUGAAUCUGGAACCCAUGCACCCAGAUAUCAAGAUGAGUGGGGAUGUAGCAGAUUCUACAGUUGCUCGAAGUGCUCUCAGCCAGGUGGAGACAGGAAAUGAUCGAAACGGCUUAGAUUUCAACAGGCAGAUUAAAACCGAGGACCUCAGUGACUCUCUGCAGCAGACCCUCUCUCAUCGGCCAUGCCACCUGAGUCAAGGACCUGCCAUGAUGUCUGGAAACCAAAUGUCUGGGGACAUGGCUUCCAUCCACCCGCUCCAGCAGCUUGUACUGGUUCCCGGACACCUACAGUCUGUCUCCCAGUUCCUGCUAUCUCAGACCCAGCCUGGGCAGCAAGGUCUGCAGUCAAAUCUUCUCCCCUUUCCCCAGCAGCAAAGCUCUCUCCUCCUCCCACAGACGGGGCUUGGCCUGGCGUCCCAGGCAGUUGGGCGCCCUGGGGUGCCAGGAUCCUCUUUAGAACCGCAUCUGGAAGCAUCCCAGCAUCUCCCAGUCCCCAAGCAUCUCCCCAGCUCUGGAGGAGCUGAUGACCCCAGUGACUUGGAGGAGCUGGAGAAGUUUGCCAAGACCUUCAAGCAGAGGCGCAUUAAGCUGGGCUUCACACAGGGAGACGUGGGUCUGGCGAUGGGAAAGCUGUAUGGCAACGACUUCAGCCAGACUACCAUCUCCAGAUUUGAGGCUCUAAAUCUGAGCUUCAAGAACAUGUGCAAGCUCAAGCCGCUGCUGGAGAAGUGGCUGAAUGAUGCAGAAUCCUCUCCAUCAGACCCCUCCGUGAGCACCCCCAGCUCUUACCCUACCCUCUGUGAAGUGUUCGGGAGGAAGAGGAAGAAGCGGACCAGCAUCGAGACCAGCAUCCGCCUGACUCUGGAGAAGAGAUUUCAAGAUAACCCCAAACCCAGCUCAGAGGAGAUCUCCAUGAUUGCAGAGCAGUUGUCCAUGGAAAAGGAGGUGGUGAGGGUCUGGUUCUGCAACCGACGCCAAAAGGAGAAGCGAAUCAACUGCCCUGUGGCCACACCCAUCAAAUCACCCAUGUACAGUUCCCGGCUGGUGUCUCCCUCUGGGUCUCUGGGGCCCCUCUCUGUCCCUCCUGUCCACAGCACCAUGCCUGGAACAGAUCUUGGUACCGAUGGAAUCAUCCCACCUACCUCCACUGAGACCAAAACGUUUCUCCUAGGCCACCUGGCCCUGUAUUCCCCACUGGAAGGAAGGGAGUCACGCCUUCUCUGUAUGGACAGAUUACUUUCAGGAGAGUAGAAGAGAAUCUCCACUAUCAAUGAACCCAAACUCUUGCCUUCUUCAGGAGCAAGGGCCUCUGGAGAUCCAAACUGUGACCGAACCACGUGCUGGCUCCUAGUGCCCUUGAAACGCACAGCCCUCCUAGGAGUUGGCCAUUUUUACCUUCCUUGCCUGUGCCCUUCUCCUCUCGUUCCAAAUAUGUCAGAUGGCUUCACUGCGACAGUGGUCUUUCAGAAAGGACCUCUUGCCAUUAUUCUCCAGCUCAUCUCCAGCUCAUUCUGGGCACAGCCAUUUGCCUGGUGCCAAACCACCAGAAGGGAGAGAAGGUUUUGACUCUGAACUUAGCCACAACCUCCGAACUGAUUCUAGAAUCUAUGAAAAGAUUUGAAUCUGGUGUCUCCACCAAAGCUCUGGUGUCUUCUCUGUUCAGCAAAGCUUUCUGACUGAGUCUUCACGUCACCCUAUUUUCUCUUUAGCCCCGCCCCUUUUCCAGAACCACAUCCAUUCAUGAUCGUGUUCUCCGAAUUCCCUCCUCUUUACAGAACGCUGAGCCACGCUCAGCCCCCUGGGCACAUUGCUCUGCCCACAGGUGUUCUUCUGUCUGCUCCGUCUGCCCCAGAGUUCAGGAACGAACGCUUGUUCUUUCUCUCCUUUCCUGUAUUUCUCCUUAUCUCGUCCUCUCUCCCUUCUCCUGGUGCAAAAGGAAGAACACAAAAGCACACACGCAACAAUUAGGC